CAGUGUGAAACUACUACGCUUUGAAGCUGCUGCUGUUAUCGUUUCUGAAAAAAUAAAUUCACCAGUUCAGUGAAAUUAUCCAUGACAAUGGAAAUGAAGCGCAAAUAAUAAAUUAGAAGACAGGAAAUGGGAAUUUUAUUCAGUAGAAUGUUCUCAUCUCUGUUUGGUAAUAGAGAAGCUCGAAUCCUUGUUCUUGGCCUUGACAAUGCCGGCAAAACCACCAUUCUAUAUCGGCUUCAGAUGGGAGAGGUAGUCUCCACCAUACCAACAAUUGGAUUCAAUGUAGAAACUGUACAGUAUAACAAUAUUAAGUUCCAGGUCUGGGAUUUAGGUGGUCAGACAAGCAUAAGGCCAUACUGGAGAUGCUACUUUCCAAAUACUCAAGCUGUAAUUUAUGUGGUUGAUUCAAGUGAUACUGAUAGAAUUGGAAUAGCCAAAGAAGAAUUUCAUGCUAUCUUGGAGGAGGAAGAACUGAAAGGUGCAGUUGUCCUCAUUUUUGCAAAUAAGCAGGAUCUUCCUGGUGCACUUGAUGAUGCUGCCGUGACGGAAGCCCUAGAGUUGCAUAAGAUAAAAAGUCGCCAGUGGUCCAUCUUCAAAACAUGUGCUGUUAAGGGUGAAGGCCUUUUUGAGGGCCUGGACUGGUUGAGCAAUACUCUCAAGUCAGGAGGUGGCUAACUUAAUUUGUCAAUCAGGUAUAUACAAAUCAAGAGUGAUCUAUAGUGGUAUUGCCAUUGAUUCAUCAACCACCCGUCUUUGUUUUCAUAAGUCGUUCUUUUUUUUGCUUGUACCCAUAUAACCUUUUUGUGAUAGCAGCUGAAGGAGUUCUAUUUUAGGUAUGCAAAUUGAUGUGAAUAUUAAUAUAUGAAGCUGGAUGGAGAAUUUGCAGUUGCAUUUUCUAUUUGAACAAAGGUUCACUGCGGUCCCUAAAUUU